AUGUAUCGUCUGCAGCAAUCAUCAUCAAACUCGGCAACAAUCGACGACGUCGGUAUAAACCAGUUCCUCAAAGCCCAUCAUCAGCACCGAGCUUCUUCUCGGGAUCGUCAUCUGGUACCGAACGGAUCGUCCUUCAGUCCACCCCCGCCGACCCAGCACACCCGCUCUCGUGCCCCCGUCGUGACGAUGACCGGACAGUACAAAGCAGCACAAGCACACCCUCGCCGGGCAUCCACUGCCACCUCGUCAUCGACCGGCCAGAGCAGUGCAUACGACGACUCCUCUCUAUACUCUGCCUCUCUAUCCCCCACAUCCGAUUACAGCGUGUCGACCGCUCCUUCGUUGGGUCCCGAUCCAUUGGGCGAGGGAGAUAAUAUUCUGCCCUGCGAGUUCAUUGGGUACGAUGGAUGUGACAAUAGGUAUCAACUUGACGAUACUGACCAGUGGAUCAACCACAUCAUGAUUGAUCAUCUCGGGUACCGGCUACCGAGCAGAUGUGCUUGCUGGUACUGUGAUGACCACGUCUUUGAUGUCGUUGAAAAUCACCUGGACGUAACGACCAACUUUUGCGAGCGUCUCCGUCAUAUUCGCAACCACAUCCUUUAUGACGGAUACGGCAUUGCCCAAAUAAGGCCCGACUACGCCUUUCUCGCACACCUCAAGAGACUUGGUUUAGUCAACCAGACAGUCUUUGAUGAGGCUCGAUCGUGGAGAGAAGGUCCUGGAGCUCGUGUAUCGGACAUUUAUGAUCACGAUUGGAUGCCCCCUGGGCGCCAACAGCAGUACGAACAGCAAUACGAACAGCGCCAAGACGUGGUAAUCGCAAGUUCCAGAGAAGGGAGGCCACGUAGAGACCGGGAGCGCAAAGGACGUCGAGAAGACGGAUCGCGCAGACACCAUCCCAAGCAUUGA